AUGUUCAAGCGCUCGUUCCGUCACAACGACGCUGUGCGCGUGGACAAGUCUGCGCGUGUCAAAAAGUCGGGCUCCGUCCGGGAUCCCAUGAAGCUUUCGAAACUGCAAAGGUCGCUCACCGAAAACGAUGCGCUGCUGUUUCAUCCCACGCAGCAGCAGCAGCAGCCGGCUCCGCCGUCGCCCAUUGUCACCCUGACUGUGGGCCGCGAGGGCCGGCUCUUUGCGGCGCACGAGGAUGUGCUGCGCCAGUCGCCGUUUUUCGACGUCGCCUGCCGCUCCGCCUUCCCCGAUGCGCAGAGCCGGAGAAUCGCGCUCCCCGAAGAGGAGCCUGAGGUCUUCUCCGCCGUGCUCGAGUACCUGUACAAGGGCGACUACUACCCGCGGUUGGUCCACGGCCGCCACCGCAACACGUGGGAGCUCGAGGACCGCGCUGCCGCUGCCGCGAACACCGGUCUGCGAACUCCCUCGGCCUCUCCCAACCCCAACGAAACCGGUGGUCGGGCUUGUACCGACGCCGCCGUCUACCUUGACAGUGUGGGCGCCGAUGUGCUGCGUGACACUGUCGUCUACUGCGCCGCUGAGCGCUACGGCCUCGAAGAGCUUAAGCGCCUGGCCCUCCGCAAGCAGGGCCUACAGGCCGGUAUUGACGUCGCCACCAUCCUUCGCUCGGCCCAGUAUGCCUACGCCCACACGCCCGACUCGGACAGCCGCCUGCGCGCCCACUACCUCGCUCUGAUUAUCCGCUGCCACAAGACGUUUAAGCGCAGCGGCACGAUGCAGGCUGAGAUGGAGGUCGGCGGCACCAAGCUGUUUUUCGACCUCUUCGUCGCCAUGUGCAACCAUCUUGACGAUGUCAUUGACGUGAACCACGUUCGCUCGCCAAGGACUGUCUGA